AUGUUCCCGUUGUAUUACUACCAUGGGCUUGUCCGUGAUGAACUUUACUUCAACUUUUCAUCGACUUGCUGUGGAAAUAACAUCGAGACCUGUAACAUCGUGACUAUAUUCAACGACCCACUCUGCUCUUCAAUUGCUUUAGAGGAUGUUCUCUACUAUAAUGCAGAUUAUUUGACCGUGAAAACUUUAUUGCAGAUAUUCGAUGCAACAAACAAUUUGGAUCCCUACAACAUUUACAGCACCUGCUAUUCCACAGGAACUCAAGGUAAAAAGGCGCAUAUUGAGCGGUCCCUGAGGAAAGCCGCUGGUGUACCACCACGCAAGGUGGCUAUUUCUCAGCAGCGAUUGAAUGUGCCUUUAUGUGAUCAAAUCGGAAACACCGAAGACUACCUAAAUCGCGCUGACGUACGAAAAGCACUGCAUAUUCCUUCGUCGUUGCCAAAGUGGUCGGAUUGUAGGUAA